CCAACAAAUAAAUAACAGAAAAUACAAAAAUAAAAGAAAUAAAUUUUACCAUUUUCGUCUCAUAAUAGCAUCUGUCUCUGUGGUGUGUUUUCUUCAAAUCUUCUUCACCGAAAACAGAAAAUCUCGCCCCAAUUCACCAUAAACCCUAGAUUCACCAAACUCACCGACACAAACACAGCUCCCAUUCUCUUGGUGUCGGAGCAACGUUGUUUCUACUUUCUCGCGAUGUGUUAUUUUUGGGUGCAAAAAAGCGGCUGAUUUUUUAUUUUUAUAAUUUUUUUGAGCACUAUCGGGUCGUGUUCCGAUUCUGGGGUGGCUCCGAUUAUCGGAAAGUUAAGAUCUUUGGUGUUGAAUCGUGGUGGGACUGUUGCUCCUCGAUUAUGCAUAGAUCUGGAGCUACAAUGGCUUGGAACGUGUUCAAGUUCUGCACCGCCCUCAGAGGCUUGGGUUCGAUCAUGAUACUUUUGGUUCUUGGGGUUGUUGGUGUUACUUAUUAUGCUGUUGUUUUGACCAAUUACGGUCCUGUGUUGUCUGCUGGAGGCCUUGAUUGUCUUCUUGCCAUCGCAGUGUUGAUCUUGUUUCAUGGUUUGUUGAUUAUGCUGUUGUGGAGUUACUUUUCUGUCGUAUUUACGGAUCCGGGAAGUGUGCCUCCAAACUGGAGGCCUGCAAUUGAUGAGGAAAGAGGAGAGGACGAUCCAUUGGUUGCCUCCGAGUUUGGUAAUCUGCAAUCUGAUCCUUCUGGUCAACGUGUCCGUUACUGCCGGAAGUGCAACCAGCUCAAGCCGCCUCGAUGCCAUCAUUGUUCAGUUUGUGGACGAUGUGUGCUGAAGAUGGACCACCAUUGCGUCUGGGUAGUUAACUGUGUUGGUGCUCUAAAUUACAAGUAUUUCCUCCUUUUCUUGUUCUAUACAUUUCUUGAGACAAGUCUUGUGACUGCAUGCCUACUGCCACAUUUCAUAGCGUUCUUUAGUGAUGGAGAAAUUCCUGGAACACCUGGAUCUCUUGCUACAACUUUUCUUGCUUUUGUUUUGAAUCUGGCCUUCGCAUUGAGUGUCAUGGGAUUUCUAAUCAUGCACAUAUCAUUGGUGGCUGCUAAUACAACAACUAUUGAGGCAUAUGAGAAGAAAACAACUCCAAAAUGGCGUUAUGAUCUUGGUCGUCGAAAAAAUUUUGAACAGGUAUUUGGGAUGGACAAGAAAUACUGGUUCAUCCCUGCAUAUUCAGACGAAGAUUUACGAAAAAUGCCAGCACUACAAGGUCUUGAUUAUCCAUCAAAACCAGACUUUGAUUCCCAAUAGUUAUUAAGAAAACAGAAAGAAGCUAAAUAUAUUUGCACAUUAUGUAACAAAAUGACAUGGUAACUCCACAACCCUUGUCUACUUUUCUGUCUCUAACAGAGAUGUAACUUGUAAAGUAUAUCUGAUUUGAGCUCCUAGCAAUUCAUAGGCAUAAGCACUUAGCAUCAAUUAUUUAGAGAAAAAAAAAUGGGGUCAUUUCAAAAUGGAUGCUUGUGUAAUGUUGAAGUGAAGGAGAGAUCAAUGGGGUGCAAGUUGUUGGUGUGUUUUGAAGAGGGAGCCAUUGUUGUUUUUUUUAGUUAAUUCAUAAUGUUAGGAAAUGUUCAACAGGUAAUGCAAUUUUCUUUUCUUUAGCUUUCAUAUAUUUGAUUGGAAAUUUGAAAUCUAAUCCAAUUCCGUGAAUUUUAGCUUAGUAAUGAUUAUCUUUGAUUAUGAUUUUAGAAGGAAAAGGUUAACGGUUGUAUUAAUUCCUUCAAAUGGUCGUUAUUAUUUUAA